UUUUAAAAGUCUUUAAGUGCACAGUGUGAAUGGGGAGAGAGAGAGAGAUAUAAAGUUUCAGCUUUUUGUUUGUUUGGUUUGCUUUUUCCAUGCAUCCUUUUAAGCCCUUUCCGUUUUCUCCUUUUUGGACCCUUUUUUCUCAAAACUGACAAACGAUUGGUCAAGCUUGUUGUCUGUCUAGAUAAUAGGUUGAUGGAAGAUUAGGGUUUCUUUCUUAUUCGGUGUUUUAAGAGGUUUUAUCUCGUUCUGGGUUGAGAAAGAGAUGUGUAAGCUGUGAAUUGAAAAGGCUAUUUCUUGGCAUGUUUCCUCGUAUCGUUCUCUGUAUCUGAAACUGAUUUUUCAAGAGUCCGAUAGAGUUUUCUAGGGUGAGAGAGUGUGUUCGGUUGUGCAUGGGCGUUGACAAUGAGACAGCUUUUUCAUUUUGGCGCUAUUGAAAAAAAUAUAUAUAAAACUUUGUAUUCUUUGCGCAAUCUGGGAAGAACUUAAAGGUCAAAACUUGAUAGACCAGAAAGAGCAACAAAAUCUAAUCGUUUUUUUAAUUUAUUUAUUUGAAAGUGAUAGUGGCCAACUUCAAAGAACCUAGACAAAGCACUCUGUCAGGGAGAGAUAAAAAAGUUGUAAUCUAUCUUUUCCAUUUUCAUGAGUUUUGGGGGUUUAAUCAACAGUCCUAGAGGUAGUAGUGAUGAUAUGGGUGCAAAGACUGGGGCUGAAUUUCUUCCACACGGUCACAACAUGCCAACUGAUGCCAUUGCUCAAUUUCCCCUUUCUCUCUCCGUUAAAAAUAGAAUGGGUGGUGUUGCUGAGAUGGAUCUGAUGGGGGAACAUUUUGAUCCUAGUAUAGUGGGAAGGAUUAGGGAGGAUGAGUACGAGAGCAGGUCUGGAAGUGAUAAUAUUGAAGGUGGUGCAUCUGGUGAUGAUCAAGAAGCCAAUGAAGAGGGACCGCCAAGGAAGAAAAAGUAUCACAGGCACACUCCAUAUCAAAUACAAGAGCUUGAAGCUUUCUUUAAGGAGUGUCCUCACCCCGAUGAGAAACAAAGGUUGGAACUCAGUAGAAGGCUUAACUUAGAGACCAAGCAAAUCAAGUUCUGGUUUCAGAAUAGGAGAACCCAGAUGAAGACCCAAAUGGAAAGGCAUGAGAAUGUAAUGCUUCGGCAAGAACAUGAUAAGCUUAGAGCUGAGAAUGAUAUGUUGAAGGAAGCAGUGAAAAAUCCAGUAUGCAACAAUUGUGGUGGUCCGGCUGUGCCUGGUAAUGUGUCCAAUUAUGAGCUGCAGCAACUUAGGAUUGAGAAUGCUCGAUUACGGGACGAAUUGGGUCGGAUUUGCAUCUUGGCUAACAAGUUCCUGGGCAGGCCUCUUACAUCCUCGGCCAAUCCUGUCCCUCAAUUCUUAAACUCCAGUUUGGAACUUGCCGUGGGAAGAAAUGGUUUAGGUGGCUUGCCAAGUAUUCCAGGUUCCCCGAUGUUAACAGGACAUGAGUUUUUUGAAGGGCCUUUUAUGAAACCACCAAUAGCAGGCAUGAUGGGAAAUGAAAUGCCAUAUGAGAGAAAUAUGCUUGUUGAUCUUGCAUUGGCAGCUAUGGAUGAAUUGAUUAAGAUGGCUCAGGCAGAUAGUCCUAUUUGGGUCAAAAGUGUGGAUGGGGGAAGGGAUGUCCUGAACCAGGAGGAGUAUAUGAGAACAUUUCCAUCUAGUAUGGGCCUGAAACCAAAUGGCUUUGUGACUGAGGCUUCAAGGGAAACUGGUAUUGUAAUUGUCAAUAGCUUGGCUCUUGUAGAGACUUUAAUGGACGCGAAUCGAUGGGUAGAUACGUUCCCAUGUAUGAUUUCUGGAGCUGUCACCACUGAUAUGAUUUCCAGCGGUGUGGCUGGAACCAAAAAUGGUGCUCUGCAAGUGAUGCUUGCUGAGUUCCAAGUACUUUCACCUCUAGUUCCUGUCCGCCAAGUGAAGUUUCUCCGGUUCUGCAAGCAGCAUGCUGAGGGUGUUUGGGCUGUGGUUGAUGUGUCUAUCAACACAAACCAAGACGGUCCAAACGGGGAUCCAUAUUUGACCUGCCGAAGGCUUCCUUCUGGCUGUGUUGUGCAAGAUAUGCCGAAUAAUUAUUCCAAGGUUACUUGGAUUGAGCAUACUGAAUAGAUGAGAGUACAUUCACCAUCUCUCCAGCCAUUACUUAGUUCCGGCAUGGGCUUUGGUGCACAGAGGUGGCUUGCGACGCUACAAAGGCAAUGUGAGGCUUUGCAAUUCUCAUGUCAUCUAUCCUACCUGGCCAAGAUC